GACUGAACGGGGAUUGAAAGAGAAGAGAGCUGAACGGCGGUGGCGGCAGCCAUCUUAAAACUACCGCACUAAUCCGAGAUAUACAUCCUCUGGAUAUUUUUGCAACACCGAGCUAAAUCAGAUUUUACCGGGCGAGAGGAGACAGAAUAACAUUGUUAAAAUCGUUCGCUGUUUUUAAAACGAAGACGGGAUGCGGAUCCGUGGGGUGAAACCUUUGGCUUCUGCAGUCGGUCUGCUUGUAGGACUAUUAUGCGCGGUGGAGGCAGCCAAAGUAAAUAAGCACAAGCCAUGGAUUGAGACCACGUAUCAUGGUAUCGUAACAGAAAAUGACGACAAAGUUCUCCUGGACCCUCCGCUGAUAGCCUUGGAUAAAGAUGCCCCAUUGCGCUAUGCAGGGGAGAUCUGCGGCUUCAGGAUUCACGGGCAGAACGUGCCGUUCGAGGCGGUGGUGUUGGAUAAGUCCACUGGCGAGGGCGUGAUCCGGGCCAAGGAUAAACUGGAUUGUGAGAUGCAAAAGGAGCACACCUUCACCAUUCAGGCCUACGACUGUGGAGAGGGACCUGAUGGCAGCAACAUGAAGAAAUCUCACAAGGCUACCGUCCACAUCCAAGUGAAUGACGUGAACGAGUAUUCACCGGUGUUCAAAGAGAAGUCCUACAAAGCCACAGUGAUCGAGGGCAAAAAGUAUGACAGCAUCCUGAAAGUGGAGGCCGUGGACGCUGACUGCUCUUUCCAGUUCAGUCAGAUCUGCAGCUACGAGAUUGUCACCCCUGAUGUGCCCUUUACCAUUGACAAGGAUGGCAACAUCAAGAACACCGAGAAGCUGAACUACAGCAAGGAACGCUUGUACAAACUCACCUUGACUGCAUAUGACUGCGGUAAAAACCGUGCAUCUGAGGACGUUCUUGUGAAAAUCAACAUCAAGCCCACCUGCAAACCAAGCUGGCAAGGAUUUAAUAAAAGGAUUGAAUAUGAGCCUGGUACAGGCAGUCUAGCCCUGUUCCCCAGCAUGCACCUGGAGACCUGCGAGGAGCCAAUCACCUCCAUUCAGGCCAGCAUCAUGCUGGAGACUAAUCACAUCGGCAAGGGCUGUGACCGCGACACGUACUCCGAAAAAUCCCUGCACAAGCUGUGCGGUGCCAGCGCUGGCACUGUGGAGCUGUUGCCUGCUCCCAGCAACUCUGCCAACUGGACCGUCGGCUUGCCCACUGACAACGGGCACGACAGCGACCAGGUGUUUGAGUUCAACGGCACCCAGGCCAUCAAGGUCCCUGAGGGUGUGGUGAGCACCACCCUGAAAGAGCCCUUCACCAUCUCAGUGUGGAUGAGACAUGGACCUGGAGGCAGAGAGAAGGAGACCAUACUCUGCAACUCUGACAAGACUGAGAUGAACAGGCACCACUACUCUCUAUAUGUACACAACUGUCGUCUUGUGCUGCUGCUGCGUCAGGAGCCUACCGAAUCGGAGAACUACAAACCAGCUGAAUUUCACUGGAAACUCGAUCAAGUGUGUGAUAAAGAAUGGCAUCACUACGUGUUGAACAUUGAGUUCCCUGCAGUGACUUUGUUUGUGGAUGGUGCCACCUUCGAGCCCUUCCUGGUCACGGAGGAUUACCCUCUGCAUGCCUCCAAGAUCGAAACCCAGCUCACCAUCGGCGGCUGCUGGCAAGGUGGCAGCGCCCGCAUGACUCAGUACUUCCGGGGCAACCUAGCUGGACUCAUGAUCCGCUCCGGCAAACUGGAGAACAAGAAAGUUAUCGACUGCCUCUACACCUGCAAGGAAGGUCUUGAUGUGCAGCUUCCAGAGGAAGUAGCCUCUGCUGUGAAGGUGGAGUUCAACCCCAACCAGUCUUCUCUGAGCCUGGAGGGAGAUGACAUUGAGAGCUUUGAGAAAGUCAUGCAGCACAUCUCCUACCUGAACUCCCGGCAGUUCCCCACCCCAGGAAUCCGCCAUCUGCGCGUCUCCACCACUGUCAAAUGCUUCAAUGAGGAGACGUGCAUCUCCGUGCCUGACACUGAAGGCUACGUCAUGGUUCUCCAGCCAGAGGAGCCAAAGAUCAGCCUCAGUGGAAUUGACCAUUUUGCCCGUGGAGCAGCUGAAUUUGAGAGUACGGAGGGCAUUACGCUCCGUGAGGUGGAGGUGGAGGUGGAAGCUGAGACCGAGGCCGAAGGCGAGGAUGAUCCCACAGUGCAAGAGACGGUGGUAUCUGAGGAGAUCAUGCAUAACUUGGACACGUGUGAGGUGAUUGUGGUGGGAGAUGAACUGAAUGGAGAUCAUGAGAGUUUGGAGGUGGAUCUGGCCCAAAUCCAGCAGAGAGCUCUGGAGAUGAGCUCUUCUAACGUGGGCAUGGUCAUCACAGGGGUUAACACCAUGGCAAACUAUGAACAGGUCCUGCAUCUGAUCCGCUACAGGAACUGGCACACAGAGGCAUUGUUUGACAGGAAGUUUAAACUCGUCUGUUCUGAACUCAAUGGCCGCUACAUCAGCAAUGAAUUCAAAGUCGAGGUCAAUGUGAUCCAUACAGCCAACCCCAUGGACCAUGCUAACAACGCUAUGGUACAGCCUCAGUUCAUCAACCAAGUUCAGCACGCUUCAGUGGACCUGUCUGGACACAACCUGGCCAACACACAUCAGGCCUCAGUUGUCCCCAGUGCUGCCACCAUCGUUAUCGUUGUGUGUGUGAGCUUCCUGGUGUUUAUGAUCAUCCUGGGCGUCUUCCGUAUCCGUGCUGCCCACCAGCACACCAUGAGGGACCAGGAAAACGGCAAAGAGAACGAGAUGGACUGGGAUGACUCUGCCCUCACCAUUACUGUCAACCCAAUGGAGACUUAUGAGGAUCAGCACAGCAGCGAAGAGGAAGGAGACGAGGAAGAGGAAGAGAGCGAGGAUGGAGAGGAGGAAGACGACAUCACCAGUGCGGAGUCAGACAGCAGUGAGGAUGAGGGCGGCGAACAGGAAGACCAGCAGGGUUCGACUAGACAGCAGCAGCUGGAGUGGGACGACUCCACCUACUGAUCCUCCUGAGCACACAGUACACACUACUCACCAACACACACACACAAUGACAAAUCCACUCACGCACAGUCACAUCCCUCUGCCAAUAGGGACGCCCAUGUUCCCCCUACCUAAGGAGCCAUGCGUAAAAACGCGGAAAACACUGAAAACUAAACGAUUAUACAAUAUAUGUACAAUAUAGAUGCGAAUAUAUCCGGUGUCUGGCGUGACAGGUGUUGCAGUCCGCUUCAUUUCCACCUGCCGAGGCUUCCCUAUCGACAUCUUAUCGUGGUGGUAUUCAGUGUAGUAUAGUAUCACAGCUAUCUCAAUACAAGUUCCUAAUUUAUUGAAUCUUUUUCUGUCCUAUCCGAGGGAAUCCUGGCCUCCGUUUGCAUUUUCUUUCAGCUCUGUACGGACACAUCCCUGCACUUUUACUUUCAAGUUGAGCUUCGAGAAUGAUUUAAUGUAUAUUCCUUGCACAUGACGUUUUAGGUUGAUUUGCUACAGGAAUUUUGAGGAAAACGCUUUCCGAUCACUUUAUAUUGCAUGGCAAGAUUUGCAGUCUUGGGUAUGGAAGAAAACAACAGCUUUUUGAUAUUUUGUAAAUAAGACAAAACCAUGUAAUUAGUCAGUGUGUUAGUGAAAGCCUAACCAACGGUUUCCGGUAUCUAAAAAGACACAGCACCUGCUGUAGAAUAUUUACGUCAGAUGCUCUUAGCAUGUUUCAGAAACUUUCAGUAAAUCUCAUGCUCGUACUAAAAGACGUCCGCUUCACAGAGAGAAAACCAUGACAGAGGCUGAGGUUUCUGUGGCAAAGUGUCGUUCAUUUUGUCUUUUCUCUUGGAGGUGGGUGUGCAUCUUUUUGUUUCGUUCCGUUCUGUUUCGUAGUUUUCGUAGUGCAGUGCUUUGGCUUUACAUAUGCUAAUUCUAGCUGGGCUUGCAAUGGCACAAAUGCUACACCAAGGCUUCAAUGUUUUUAAAUUCAGUGACGUUUUGGGGACUAAUAAUCACAUUCAGAUGAUGAAUAUACAGUUGUUGUUUUUUUUCGCGUGGUACUGUUGUACAGUUUAGGCACACCGCAGUUAUUUAAGCCAUUCUUAAGUGAUAGUGCUUGUAUUUUCUGUAAUAAAUAGAGACCAAUUGGAAUCACAGUACUCAGCACUCUCAUAACCCAGUCUGAAUAACAUUUAUGACUGAAACGACAUGGAAAACGGGUGCGCUGUUGAUUUAUCCACAAUGUGAGCAUUGAAAGGUCUGUUGUGUACUGUUUUGACAGACCUCUUGCUAAAGUACUGGCUUGAGAUGGUCAGUUAUAUGAACUUUACUGAACAAAAUUAUGGGGGGGGGGUAUUUUUAUUUCAUAUAUAUACCUAAUUUUGUAUUUUUAAAGUUUUCUUUUUUUCUUUUCAAAUUCAGGGUUAACCUGUGUUAUUCUUGUCAUUUCAAGGCCCCUUAAAAGCAUUACAAGGGCUAAUUUGCCUGUCACAGCGCAUUAAAAGAAACGAAUUUCAACUUUUAAAGCAUAAAAUAUUUUUGCAGUAUGGCCGUUGGAUUUUUUUGUACAUGGAACUGUACUGUAGAGUUGUGUAAAGAUAUUUGUUUACAUUUGGUAAACUUUUAUUCCUUUUUGGUGACGCUAUCAAUCUACUCAGAUUUGCAGGUAAUUUCUCUUCGUAGUUGCUCUCAGAAUCAUGUCAUUGUUUCAUUUUCUUACUGUGAUUGGACAUUUCAGGAUGCACCCCCUCCGAAAACGGUUAACUAUUGGGGAAUACAAUAAUAUUCCGUUCCCGUCGGGCUCGAAAAAGAAUGUUAAUUAUUUAGGAGAUUGUAGAUUGUUUGAUUGUUUAGUAAAGACGGACGUGAAGCUUUAGGGUACUUCAUUCAGAUGUUUUUGUUUACUUGCAUGAAUGUUCUCCAUUUAAGGCCUAAGCUGGUGGUGGUAUGAAUAUAAUUUUAUGUCAGAAAAGGUACAAUGUGGGAAGUUGUCGAGAAGGUCUAUUUUUGUGACCCAUGAAAGAGCGACGGGAGACUUUUCUUGUAGGUUUUCGUUUUUGUUACAUGUUUUGGUCAUCAGGUUCCCCCUCAAAAUUGACAGGACUUUUAAAAAGAGGUCCAGAAUUCAGCUGGUGGAGUUGGGAGUGCCUUUUGCCUAUCACAGCGCAUUAAUAAUAACACAACUAACCAAACACUCAUCCAUGCCAUUUUAGUUGUUGCAAUUUUCUCAUUUUAUAAUGAUUUAAUAUUAGAUUUCUUACAGGUAUUGAAUUUUCUGUUCGGGAUCAACAGCUAGUUUUAUCAAGAGUGGACGUUUUAAUUGUCCUGCAUACAGUAGACGUCUUGUGUUCAUGUUGAUGUGUAGAGAAAAUAAUAGGUCCAUACUGUAUCAUCAAUGAAUAUUGUACUAAAUCAUGUUUGAGGAAAUCCACUUCGAAAAGAUGUACAUUAUUAUAGGCAGCAUACGUGGGUAUGAGUUUAACAAUGUGUGUACAGUGAAAGGUGUAUCUCCUGAUAACGCUGUAGAGGGCAGUAUGAAAUUCACAAGAAGCAAAUACAUGAUUUCUCACACAAAUGUAAUAGUCUCUCACAGUGUAUUCUCAAACCGUUUGAUCGAUGUAAACCAUUCCAUGAGACCAAAUUUAGUAUAAUCAAUGUUUGUACCGAAAAUCGCACAAUUGUUUGUAUCUUCCCUCCUUUCCCCUGAUACAAAUAUUCAUCUGCAGGUUCUCAAGGGAAAAAAAAUCAUGUGAAUUGUAUUUCAAACAAUGUGAUUUUAAGACACUGGCGCAGAAACGUUCCAUAAUAAAUCAGCAGUCUGUGCUGAUUGUGAACGGCUGCAGAUGAUGGGUGUCUAAUGGGGCAUUGUCUUUGCAUGUAUAACACAAGAUAUAAAUAUUUCCUGUAACUGGCACAUGGUACUGUGGGUUUGGAGUGGAGUAGAUGGGACAGGAUACUGGUGAUACUACUGAAUCAAAGAUAGCCGUCUCAGAUUUGCAGCCUUCAGCGGUCAUUGUUCACGUUUUGAAUUACUUUUAUUUUUUUGCUCUAGAAAUGAAAACUGGGGAUGCUGUAGAACUGUUGGAUGCUGCCUUCCAGCUCAUUCACUUUUCUAUUAUUCAGAG